AUGACCUCGGCGCCACAGGUUUACGGAGCAGACGAGAUCGACGCCAUUGUCGUUGAUCCAGGAACGUUUCAGACAAAGAUCGGAUACGCGGGCUACGAUUCGCCAAGUCUUGUUUUACCGUCGUAUUAUGGCGAGGUGGAUUUGGACGGCAACAAGAGACAGAUAUUUGACGAGAGUUUGUUGUUUCUGCCGCAGAAGGGGCUCGAGGUGAAACACAUUGUGGAAAACAACGCGAUUGUGGACUGGGACGGGUUUGUUGCGCAACUCGAGUACGUUUUCAAGAAACUGGACGUCAAACCUGAACAGCAGCCGGUUCUCCUAACAGAGUCGACAUUCAGCUCGUACGACAGCAAGGUAAAGGCCCUGGACGUGUUUUUGGAUACGUUCAAGUUCUGUGCGUUUUAUUUGGUGAAACAGCCAACCACGGUCUCGUUUGCACACGGCCGGCCCAACUGUUUGGUGGUGGACGUUGGCCACGACCUGGUCACCGUCACGCCGAUCGUGGACGGGCUGUGUCUCAAGAACCAGGUGAUGGGCACCAAAUACGCGGGGGCGUUUUUGAACCAGCAGCUCGAGCAGUUUCUCGCCGACAAGGGCAUCGAGCUGCGGCCGCACUACAUGAUUAAGUCCAAGAAAAUCGUCUAUUACGAAUCUCCAGCGUCCAAGGCGGAGUUCCAGGAGCGCAAGUACGAUUUCGAGGUGUCCAAAUCGUUCCACGAGUUUGCCAAGCUCAAGGUGUUGCAGGAGAUGAAGGAGACUUUGUUGAGUUGCAUUGAGGAGGAAGGAGACGAGCCAAAGGAGUCUGACGACCAAGUUCGCUGGUUUGAGCUUCCGGACGGGCUUGCUGUUCCGUUCACAAAGAAAGACCGUGCUGCGCUGAGCAACUCGUUGUUCUCGCCGCUCGAGACGCUGUCGACGCCGAUCACCGGCUUCGAGACCCCGGACGACGGAAACAUCAUCAAGAGACUUGGCCACGCCAACGAGACCUCCAGCAAAGAGUACGUUCCAAUGAGACGGGCGAAAAAGCCCGAGGAAGACAAAAUGGACGAGGACGUUGCCGAUGUCCAGGGCGGUAUUGGUCUGAUCAAGCUCGUGCAAACGGUGCUUGACCGGCUGGACAUCGAUCUGAAGCCGCAGCUCGCCAACAACAUCGUUCUUGUUGGCAGCACGUCGCUGGUGCCUGGUCUGAACGCCAAACUGCACUCGGAGCUGUCUCUGAUGAACCCAAGCUUGAAGAUCAGAAUCCACGCCGCAGGUAACACCAUCGAGAGACGGUACUCGUCGUGGGUCGGCGGUAGUAUCUUGUCGUCGUUGGGCACGUUCCACCAGCUGUGGGUGACCAAGGCAGAGUACGAGACCGUCGGUGCUGAGAAACUGAUCGUGAAUAGAUUUAGAUAG